UAUAAGCUUUAUAAACCUACUAAUUCUCUUAUUCAUCCCUUCUCUCGCCGCCUUCUGCUGCUGCUUCUGCAAAACCUAAACUUAGGGUUAAGCCAUUGUCUGAGUUUUACCACUUUUUUUUUUCUCACAAUGGUUCUCCAGAACGAUAUUGAUUUGCUGAAUCCCCCAGCUGAGUUGGAAAAGAGAAAGCACAAGCUCAAACGUCUUGUUCAGUCCCCAAAUUCGUUCUUCAUGGAUGUUAAGUGCCAGGGUUGCUUUAACAUAACCACCGUGUUUAGCCACUCUCAGACAGUUGUGGUUUGCGGUAAUUGCCAGACUGUGUUGUGCCAACCAACGGGUGGACGGGCGAGGCUAACUGAAGGGUGCUCUUUUAGGAAGAAGGGAGACUAAAUGGUGAUUUGAGAGUUUUGCUUGUUAGGUUUUUGAGAUGAAAUCAAUGUUAGUUAUCAUAUUUUAAUUUUGUUAAAUUGUAAGACAAUAUCUAUCAGUCUUCCACAAGACAUGUUAGGACCACCCAAUCUUUUGUUUCUCUUUAUUGAAGUGGAUGUGGUUUUAUCGGAUAUUUGUUUUCACAGCAAUUUUCUUUACUGAAGUGGAUAUGGUUUAGUUGA